AUGUGUUUCCUCAAGAGUUUCGAAGAUGUGACCAACAAUAGAACCUUCUUGUUCAUCAUAGUAUUGCUAUCAUUGAAACUGUGCAGUCCCCAGGACUUGAAUGAAGAGUUUGUGAAUGAAGAUAUGACGAAUACGAUGGCAGAUAGCAGGGCUGUGAAAGUAAAGUUGCCAAGAGAAAUCAGUCAGUGUAGGCUUAGCGAACUAUUAUGUGAUACUGGACAGUGCGUUUCUUUGGACAAAUACUGCGAUGGAGUGGAUGACUGUGGAGAUAAAAGUGAUGAGCCGAAGUCUUGUACUCCAUGCAACAGAACUUACAUGGGGGACGUGGGUCGCACUUACGAGCUUGAAGUGCGGCGGCCCAGGGAAGAUCACCUCCCAUUCGUGUGUCAUCUCAACUUUACCGCCAAUGGAGGCAACUAUGGAGAUAUCAUACAGCUGACAUUUGACACGUUCACGGUAGGAAAAUUCGUAUCGUUCACAUCAGAUGGGUGUCCCGACGGUCACAUGACCAUAGUUGAGAGGAGUCCUUCGCCACCGACUGGCCAGUGGUGCGGGUCAGCUUGGGGCUACACAGUGUAUUUCAGCGAGUCAGAUUCUAUCAACAUGACAUUGAGAUUAGACAGAUUAAGCCAACAGGGCGUGGGAUACAAUUUCGACUUCAAGUUGGCAUAUAAGUUUCUAAGACGGAGUGAAGCGAGGUUGCGGUAUGGAAACGCGACGGUGGGAGCCUGGAGGGGGGAGAGGGUCCCUGGGACGUACUGUGACCGCAUACUGAGUGACUGCGACCUCCGCGCGUGCCGGAUUCAGUCACCGAACUUCCCUGGUGUAUACCCGAGAAAUGCGACCUGUACAUACCGCAUUGAACAUACCAAGGUGCCGGCCGAUAAACAUGUGUUGCUAGCAGUAAGACAGACGAACAGUCAUAAAAUACAUAUCAAAGACCAAAUAGUGAAGUACGAUAGAAGCCAGCGUGUGUUAAAGAUUUGGGACCAAUGCAACGUAGUACAGGACUACCUGACAGUUUGGGAUGGGGCUACCCGCGAGUCUCCUGUGUUGGUCCGUCUGUGCGGCGGAGACGCGGUACCGGACAUAGUGAGCAGGGGCCCUAACAUGCUGCUAGAGUUCCAUACUUCGCCAUACGAUAACCCGUUCCAUCCAGUGCCAUUGAGCUAUUUGCCUGGAUUUGAGCUGGAAGUUCAGGUAUUGUACGUGGACAAAGAUUCACACUCGUACGUGCGUCCCGACGGCCGCUGUCGUUUUGUUCUGCGUUCUUCAGACAAAACGAGUGGCGUCCUCAGGAAUCCUCGACAUUCUCUACCGCCGAACAGUUCGUGUGUCUAUUAUUUCCAGGGUCGCCCCAAUGAAAUCGUAUGGGUGUCGUUUGUGAAAUACCACUCAGCUGGUACAGAGCCAGCUGGCUUUGACCAGCAGAAGGAUUGCUCGUCGCAACUCACGAUAUGGGACGGAGCGGCGCCCGAUGCGGACCUGGACAGAAAGCUGGACAUGAGCGACAAGAAGUCAAUUCUGGGAAUGUUUUGCCGCGAAGAAUCGCCCCGUUUGUGUGACCACGCCUUACUGUCAAACGCCACGCGGGCGACGCGUCCUUGCGCACCGUCUGAAAGUUACAUCACUACUGGACCUGCACUGACGAUAUUACAAGAGCUUCGGCAGGGAUCAGCAUUGUAUCCCGUCUCCUUUCUACUUCGCUACGAAUUCGUGGACGUGAGCGAACAAGGGCAGCCAUUGCUCGAAUCCCAGUCAGCCUGCGACAGAGUUUUCAAAUCUGCACUAACCUAUUCGGGAAGAUUUCAAGCUCCUAGAGCAAUAUUCUAUUAUGGACGAGGCGGCGCACAGAACCUUACUUGCAUCUUGAGGUUUGAAGCGAAGCAAGGCGAGAGAAUUCAACUUACUUUCACGAGCACUUACUUCGGAAAUAAACAUUGCAGUACUCAUAAAGAUCCGCGGACAGGGCGAUGGAAAUGCGAUAGGCCAGCAAAAAGAACCAUAGGGGGUGAGGGGCUCGCUCAAAUUAUAAUUACUGAAUAUCCAUGGGAGGGUGUACCGAUACAAAGAGAUUGUUUGUGCACUAAUCGAUCGGAACCCCUGAAUAUACACACACUGACUGCACCCGUGGUUGAAAUUAAUUUCACAGUUACAAUGAUGAAUAUUACUGAAGAUUAUGAUGAUUUUGAUUUUGAGGGCGAAUAUAAGUUUAUUCCCACAGGGCCAGGCGAUGAAACUGUUUGCUCAUCAGCAUGGGGUGAGAGACGUUUACGAGGUAGUAGUGGAGAAAUAAGACUGUUUGAUAAACGUCAAUCAUCAGUUGCCCCCGAAAUAAUUGGUGAUAGGCAUGUUAUAUCAGAGAGUGUGAGAGCUGAGGUGGCUUGUGUUCAUAGACCUUGGCUUAUAGAGCCAGGAGGAGAUGAAGUCAAUCCUGUACAAGGAAGAUAUCUUUACGUUAAGGUGCCUGGAUAUGACAUGACUUCAACUUCACCUUUUUGCCCCACUCCAAACCGGUUAUUUAUUUACGAAGGUAGAGACACAUCACGACCACGAGAAAUAUGCCCCGAUGGUCCAAAUUCUAUCGAACUAUUCAGCCCUGGAUGGUUAUCUUCUCAAACGCCAUUAGAAUCUUCACUAAAACCACAUGCAAGAAGCUAUGUUAUUGAUUUUCUUCAACACGAACAAGCUGACUAUUCAAUAAAGUGGAUGGAACUGAUGAAACAGCCAGUAUUUGAACCCGAUCCCGAGUCAAAUCUGCUUCCAGCGUCCAUAUCACUUGAAUGUAAAUAUAGCUGCCCAGAAUUGAAUGCUUGCAUACCAUUGUCUUUAUGGUGUGAUGGAAAUGCACACUGUCCAUCGGGAUAUGACGAAGACGACUCUAAUUGUUCAUUUCGAAUAUCAUUGCCGCCUCCCUACGUUGCAGCUGUAGCCGGAAUCGGCUUAUUAAUAUGCGCAGUAUCAGUAGCUCUUUGCGCUUGCAAAAGACGACGACGAAAAGAUAAGGAGUUCAAAGCCAGAUUAGACGGAGCUUUGCCGCCAGAAGAACGACCAUACGAUCGGGCUAAAACCAAUGGGGUACCUGAAGCAGCACGUCAGUACGCUACAGUACAAAAGUAUGCCACUAUAGAUAAGUACAGUUUGAGCCAGAAGUAUAGUGCUGGAUUGAAUGAUGCGAGAUAUUACGACGAAGUAGCACAAAGGGAUAAGCUUGCCGAUACUAGGUACGCUAGUUUAGGUCGAGCGGGCCGCGGUACGCGCGUGGAAAACUCCACUAGGGGUAAUGGCUCCAGACGGGCUAUGCCUGAUCUAGGUUAUCCUGAUCUUAAAGACGGUUUCUGUUGA